AUGCUCAACAAUAACAACCACAACGCGGAACAAGAUUUGGAUGAUCUUCUUGAUGAUGCUUUGAAAGAAUUUGAUGAUGAUAAUAAUGAAAAUUACUCAUCUCCGAAGGCAACAAAAACUACAGAAAAAGAAACAACCACCACAAAACAAAAUAAUAACUAUUUGGAAGGCUCUUCGAGUGUUGCUGAAUCGACAACAAAUGAUGAUAUUGAUUUGGAUGACAUUUUAGAAAAAACACUUCUUUCCGAGGAGAAGCAAGUUGUAAAUCAUUUAGCGGAGCAAGUGACAAAAUUUUUCUCUGAAUUAGAAAAAGAAGGAAACGAUGAAGGUGAAAAUAAGGCGACUACCUCCUCCUCCUCUUCAUCAACCUCUUCCUAUAAUUUUCAAGAAGUUAUGAAGAACACUCUUGACAUGCUCAACAAAAACGCUGCAUCCAUGAACAAUGCAAAUUUACCGACCGGAGAAGAAGGAGAUCAAGAUGAAACUGUGGAUGAAGGAGCAUUUUCAGGCCUGUUACAAAAAAUGAUGGAAGUAUUGAUGUCUCCAGAUAUUCUUCGACAACCAAUGGAAGAAUUGCGAGAAAAGUAUCCAGUUUGGCUUAAAGAAAAGAAAGGUCAAGUUCCCGAGGACGAAUAUCAACGAGUUCAAAGACAAUACGAUUUAUGUUGCAAGAUUUGUCGUGUUUAUGAAACUCAACAGUAUCCAGAUGCUAUUGAUGAACUCAUUGAGUUGAUGAAAGCAAUGCAAGAGCAAGGCCAACCUCCAGAAGAGAUUGUAAGUCAAUUAUCAAAGCCUGAAGGAGGUAAUGAAGAGGCGAAUGAAGUUCAUAAACUGCUGCAGGGUUUAAACCUCCCUUCUAACAUGGGAGAUGGUAAAGGAUGUCCCACACAAUAG